AUGGAGGAGUUGAAUGUUUUAGGCUCAACAGUCCAGAGCAAUGGAGAUCGUGGAAAAGAAGCGUGCACAGGCAGGCUGGAUCGAACGGGUGGAGAAAAGCGUCAGGAUGAUGAAGUGGUGCUCCAGUGCGUGGCCUGCAUUCAGAAAGAAAAUCGAAAGUUUUGCCUGGCUGCCGAGGGGUUGGGCAACCGGCUGUGUUACCUUGAGCCGACGUCCGAAGCAAAGUAUGUUCCUCCAGACCUAUGCAUCUGCACCUUUGUGCUGGAACAGUCCCUGUCAGUACGUGCUCUACAAGAGAUGCUGGCUAAAAGUGGACAGAACAGCGAAGGGACACGCGGCCCGGAUCGAUGGAGGCUGAUAAGAAAGGCAGCGCAGAGUGGUGGCCACAAGACUCUACUGUACGGACAUGCCAUCCUCCUACGGCACUCCUUCAGCUCCAUGUACCUUGCCUGUCUGAAGACAUCAAGGUCACAGACUGAUAAACUGUCAUUUGAUGUUGGACUACAAGAGGACUCAACAGGUGAGGCUUGUUGGUGGACAAUCCACCCCGCCUCCAAGCAGCGAUCGGAAGGAGAAAAGGUGCGCAUCGGCGAUGACCUCAUCCUCGUCAGCGUGUCCUCCGAGCGCUAUCUCCAUCUAUCCAUUUCUAAUGGUAACAUCCAAGUGGACGCUUCCUUCAUGCAGACACUGUGGAACGUCCACCCCAUCUGCUCUGGCAGCAACAUAGAGGAAGGCUACCUGUUGGGUGGCCACGUGAUGCGGCUGUUUCAUGGGCACGAUGAGGUGGUGACCAUUCCGGGCUCAGACCAGAGUGAAGAGCAACAGAGGUUAGUCAACUAUGAGAUAGGUAAAGCCGGUGCAAAGGCCAGGUCCUUAUGGAGACUGGAGCCACUCCGGAUCAGCUGGAGCGGGAGCCACAUCCGCUGGGGUCAGCCGUUCCGGUUGCGACACCUGACAACCGGUCACUACAUGGCCCUGACCGAGGACCGGGGCUUGGUGCUGCAAGACCGAGAGAGGUCCGACACAAAUGCGACCGCCUUCUGCUUCAGAGCUUCUAAGGAGAAGCUUGAGCAGAUCGCCAAGCGAGACACCGAGGGAAUGGGUGUGGCGGAGAUUAAAUAUGGCGACUCACUUAGCUUCAUAAUGCACGUGGCCACGGGGCUGUGGCUCUCUUACCAAGCACCUGAUGUCAAAUCUGCACGUUUGGGCCCUCUCAAGAGACGAGCAUGUCUACAUUCCGAAGGUCACAUGGACGACGGCUUGACUCUGCAGCGUUGUCAACACGAGGAAUCUCGAGCGGCACGUAUCAUUCGCAACACAACGCUCCUCUUUAACAGAUUCAUCAAGGAUCUGGAUUGUCUGGGUUUGAAGAACAAAGUGCUCGUGGCUCUUCCCGUUGAGGAGGUGCUCCAAACCCUCAAUGACCUCAUCACCUAUUUCCAGCUCCCUGAUGAAGAGCUGGAGCAUGAAGAGCGGCAGAUCAAGCUACGCUCGCUCAAAAACCGACAGAAUCUUUUCAAACAAGAAGGCAUGUUGACACUGGUGUCGAACUGCAUAGACCGUCUGAAUGUCUACAACAGCGCGGUGCACUUUGGAGAGUGUGCUGGGCCAGCCGCCGGAGAAGCCUGGAAAGACAUUCUCAACUUGCUUUAUGAGCUAUUGGCGGCGUUAAUCAGAGGAAACCGGAACAACUGCACUCAGUUUUCCAACAGCUUGGACUGGCUUGUUAGCAAGCUUGAGAGACUGGAGUCGUCUUCCGGUAUUCUAGAAGUUCUGCACUGUAUUCUCAUUGAGAGCCCAGAGGCACUCAACAUGAUCCAGAGAGGCCACAUCAAGUCUAUCAUAUCGCUGCUUUAUAAACAUGGACGCAACCACAAGAUUCUCGAUGUGCUUUGCUCAUUAUGUGUGUGUAAUGGCGUCGCUGUGCGAACCAAUCAAAACCUCAUUUGUGAUCACUUGCUGCCCAAGAGAGACCUGCUGCUACAAACCCAGCUGGUCAAUGACGUCCAAAGUAUGAGACCAAACAUCUUCCUCGGGGUGAGCGAAGGUUCAGCUCAGUAUAAGAAGUGGUACUACGAGCUGAUGAUUGACCAGGUGGACCACUUCGUGACCAGUGAACCCUCUCACCUGCGAGUGGGCUGGGCCAACACCAAGGGCUACGCACCUUACCCCGGAGGGGGUGAGGGUUGGGGGGGAAACGGUGUGGGAGAUGACCUCUAUUCCUAUGGUUUUGAUGGACUGCAUCUCUGGUCAGGUCGCAUCCCCAGAGCGGUCGCAUCUCUCAACCAGCACAUCCUGACCUCCGAGGACGUGGUGAGCUGCUGCCUCGACCUCGGAGCUCCCAGCAUCUCGUUCCGCAUCAACGGACAGCCCGUUCAGGGCAUGUUUGAAAACUUCAACACGGACGGUCUCUUCUUUCCCGUCGUCAGCUUUUCUGCCGGCGUCAAGGUAAGGUUCCUGUUGGGCGGUCGCCACGGCGACUUUAAAUUCCUGCCACCGUCGAGUUACGCCCCGUGUUACGAGGCCCUGCUGCCCAAAGAGAAGCUGAGGGUGGAGCCGGUUAAGGAGUACAAGAGGGAUGCGGACGGUGUUCGAGAUUUGCUAGGCACCACCCUCAUCUUGUCGCAGGCCUCUUUCAUUCCGACGCCGGUGGAAACUAGCCAGAUUGUUAUGCCCCCGCAUUUGGAAAAAGUUCGGGACACGCUGGCGGAGAACAUCCAUGAAAUGUGGGGCAUGAAUAAAAUUGAACUGGGAUGGUCCUACGGAAAGAGGAUCAGGGACGAUAAUAAACGGCAGCAUCCUUGUCUGGUGGAUUUCUCCAAGCUGCCCGAGACGGAAAAGAACUACAACCUGCAGAUGUCGACGGAAACCUUAAAAACACUCCUGGCACUGGGUUGCCGAGUAGUUCAGGUCAAUUCAAAUGCUGAUGAAUCACUUAAGAAGAUUAAACUCCCAAAGAACUUUAUGAUGUCUAGCGGUUACAAACCAGCUCCUCUGGACCUGUCUGAUAUGAAACUGACACCAGGUCAGGAGUUGCUGGUGGAAAAAUUAGCGGAGAAUGCGCACAACGUGUGGGCUAAAGACCGCAUCAAGCAGGGUUGGACUUAUGGGAUUCAGCAGGAUUUGAAAAGUAAGCGUAAUCCUCGCCUUGUCCCAUACGCCCUUCUGGAUGAGCGCACCAAGAAGUCGAACCGAGACAGCCUACGGGAAGCCAUUCGCACUCUGAUUGGUUAUGGGUACAACGUGGAGCCAUCUGAUCAGGAAGGCGGACAAGCGGUCGAGCGUCUCAGCAUCGACAAAAUCCGAUUUUUCAGAGUCGAGCGGACCUACGCGGUGAAAACCGGAAAGUGGUACUUUGAAUUUGAGGUCGUCACCGGAGGAGACAUGAGAGUCGGUUGGGCGAGACCCGGGUGCAAGCCGGACGUGGAGCUCGGCACGGAUGACUUGGCUUUUGUUUUUGACGGAUACAGGGGCCACUGCUUGAACACGGGAAGCCGUUUGUUUGGCCGCUGCUGGCAUAAUGGCGAUGUGGUGGGCUGCAUGAUCAACAUGGAAGACAAAUCCAUGAUCUUCACUCUGAACGGAGAGAUACUUAUCACCACCAAAGGCUCUGAACUUUGCUUCACCGACUUUGAAAUGGAGGAUGGGUUCAUCCCGGUAUGCAGUCUGGGUUUAGCUCAGGUGGGUCGUAUGAAUCUCGGCAAAGACGCCAACACCUUUAAGUACUACACCAUGUGCGGCCUUCAAGAGGGGUUCGAGCCCUUUGCCGUCAACAUGAACAGAGAGCUCACCAUGUGGUUCAGCAAGCGUCUGCCGACGUUUGUCAACGUGCCAAAGGACCACGGUCACAUCACAGUGACCAGGAUCGACGGGACUGUGGACAGUCCCCCGUGUCUGAAGGUUACGCACAAGACAUUUGGCACGCAAAACAGCAACACGGACAUGGUGUUUUGUCGUCUCAGUAUGCCCGUGGAGUUUCACUCCUUCUUCAAGACCGGUCCUGUUAUUGACAUAAAUGGAGUGCACGAUGAUGAUAUUCUCAAAGUCAAACACAGAUAUCCACUGCGAUCCGUACGACACGGUGAGGAAAGUAGACGAGUGGACUAUAGCAGCAUCACAGUGUACUACCACUCCGUGAGGGUCUUUGCCGGUCAAGACCCGGCGUGCGUUUGGGUCGGCUGGGUUACUCCGGACUACCAUUAUUACAGCAACAACUUUGCCCUCGGCAAGACGAGAACAGUGACCGUGACCUUGGGCGAUGAGCGAGGGCGGGUGCACGAGAGCGUCAAGAGGAGUAACUGUUACAUGGUGUGGGGUGGCGACGUGACCGACGCCACACAUGGCUCAAGUCGUAACAACGUCGACUUGGAAAUUGGCUGUCUCAGUGACCUGGCCACUGGCCUGGUGACAUUCACUGUCAAUGGCAAGGAGAUAUCCACAUCCUACCAGGUGGAACCAAACACCAAGCUUUUCCCCGCAGUGUUUGUGCAACCCACCAGCCCCAACCUCUUUCAGUUUGAACUCGCCAAAAUAAAGAACGCCAUGCCACUGUCGUCAGCCAUUUUUAAAAGUGAGCAUAAGAAUCCGGUGCCUCAGUGUCCCCCUCGCCUUGACGUCCAGACCAUCAAUGCGGUGUUGUGGAGCCGUAUGCCCAACACCUUCCUGAAAGUGGAAACGGCCAGGGUCAGCGAGAGACACGGAUGGUCGGUCCAAUGUGUGGAGCCUCUGCAAAUGAUGGCAGUUCACAUACCCGAGGAGAACAGGUGUGUGGACAUCAUGGAAUUGUCUGAGCAGGAGGACAUGAGAGAGUUCCACUACCACACAUUGAAACUCUACUGCGCACUCUGCGCUCUGGGCAACACCCGUGUGGCCCACGCCCUCUGCAGUCAUCUGGACCAAUCCCAGCUCCUAUACACCAUCGACAACCAGUAUCUAUCCGGCAUGUUGCGAGAAGGCUUUUACAAUCUGCUCAUCAGCAUCCAUCUGGAGACGGCGAAAGGCGCUCGACUUAUGAUGAAAGACGAGUUCAUCAUCCCGGUCACGUCGGAGACGCGUUCCAUCCGUCUCUUCUGCAACGCUUCCAAGAAGCACUCGCCGCCAGGGGUGGGACUGAGUACGUCGCUGAAGCCCCGGCUCAACUUUUCACCUCCCUGUUUCAUCAACACCAAGCGGGAACAUCAUCUGUACAGUCCCCAGAUACCGCUGGACGCAUUAAAAGAAAAAUCCAUUUCAAUGUUGACCGAGGCGGUCCAAGGCGGAGGCCACUAUAUUCGCGAUCCCGUCGGAGGAGGCGUGGAGUACCAGUUCGUGCCGAUCCUGAAGCUGAUCGGCACGUUGCUGACCAUGGGCGUCCUCGGCAGCGAGGACGUACGCAAGAUCUUACUCCUCGUUGACCCGAAUGUAUUUCGGGUGACGCGUGAGGAAGGGCCUAUCUGUACGACGGACAAAGAAGGACUAACGGGCGCCGAGGAGAAGGCGGUGGAAGCCGGAGAGGAAGAGGGAGGCAAAGAGGCUAAACAACCAACGAAAGGACUUCUGGAGAAAAGGCUGCCGGAACCCGUCAAACGUCAGAUGUGUGAGCUGUUGCACUACUUCUGCGAUUGUGAGCUCAAACACCGCAUCGAAGCCAUCGUGUCCUUUUCGGACAAUUUUGUCUCCAAGCUGCAGUAUAACCAAAAAUUCAGAUACAACGAGCUAAUGCUCGCCCUGAAUAUGUCUGCCGCCGUAACGGCCAAGAAGACCAAGGAGUUCCGCUCGCCUCCCCAAGAACAGAUCAACAUGCUGUUAACCUUCAGUACUGGCGACGACUGUCCGUGUCCAUCGGAUAUCCAGGGAGAGCUUUACGAAUUUCACAAUCAGCUGCAGCUACACUGUGGAAUCCCGAUGGAGGAAUACGACGACGAGCAAGAUACAUCCAUUAGAGGCCGCCUUUUAACUCUGGUGAACAAAAUCAAAGGACAAGCUCAUAAAACCGAGCAACCGCUGGAGAAGGAACAAGCUGCACCAUCCAACUUGAAGGAAUUGAUCUCACAGACAAUGGUCAGCUGGGCCCAGGAGUGUCACAUCCAAGAUCCGGAGCUGGUGCGGAAGAUGUUCAGUUUGCUGAGGAGGCAGUACGACAGCAUCGGUGAGCUGCUCAGAGCCAUGAGGAAGACGUAUACCAUCAGCGCCGCCUCGGUCCAGGAUACAAUCAAGCUCUUGGCUUCUCUGGGCCAGAUUAGAUCGCUGCUUUCGGUCCGGAUGGGGAAAGAAGAGGAGAAGCUCAUGAUCGAUGGACUCGGUGACAUCAUGAACAAUAAGGUGUUUUAUCAGCACCCCAACCUCAUGAGAAUUCUGGGCAUGCAUGAGACAGUCAUGGAGGUCAUGGUCAAUGUGCUCGGAGGGGACAAAUCACAGGAAAUAGCUUUCCCCAAGAUGGUAGCCAGUUGUUGUCGCUUCCUUUGCUACUUUUGCCGUAUCAGUCGCCAGAACCAGAAAGCCAUGUUUGACCACCUAAGUUACCUGUUGGAAAACAGCAGUGUGGGCUUAGCUUCACCAGCUAUGAGGGGCUCCACUCCUCUGGACGUUGCCGCUUCCUCAGUUAUGGACAACAACGGUCUGGCUCUCGCAUUGGAAGAACCUGAUCUGGACAAGGUGGUGACCUACUUAGCAGGCUGCGGUCUCCAGAGUUGCCCGAUGCUUCUGGCUAAAGGUUAUCCGGACAUUGGCUGGAACCCCAUCGAGGGAGAACGUUACCUCUCCUUCUUGCGCUUUGCCGUCUUUGUCAAUGGUGAGAGUGUGGAGGAGAAUUCAAGUGUCGUGGUCAAGCUUCUCAUUCGUCGUCCCGAGUGUUUUGGACCCGCUCUGAGAGGCGAGGGAGGAAAUGGACUCCUGGCGGCUAUGAAGGAAGCCAUCAAGAUCUCAGAGAUGCCGUCUUUGGAUCUGCCCGGUUCCGCGCAGGGAGUCAGCUGUGACGUUUCCGCCGAUGGUGACGAUGAAGAGGAAGUGGUCCACAUGGGCAACGCCAUCAUGUCCUUCUACUCGGCCCUGAUUGACCUGUUGGGACGUUGCGCCCCAGAGAUGCAUCUCAUCAACAAAGGCAAAGGCGAAGCGCUUCGUAUCCGUGCCAUUUUACGCUCCCUAGUGCCUACUGAGGACCUGGUGGGAAUCAUCAGCAUACCACUCAACACACCUAUCGUUAAUAAAGACGGUUCAGUGACCGAACCUGAUAUGUCCGCCUGCUUUUGUCCGGACCACAAGGCCCCCAUGGUGCUGUUCCUAGACCGAGUGUAUGGUAUUGAAGACCAAAGCUUUUUGCUUCAUCUUCUUGAAGUUGGUUUCCUCCCUGACCUGAGGACUGCAAACUCUCUAGAUACAGAGGGUCUCUGCACCACCGAGACGGCGUUGGCCAUGAACCGUUACAUCGGCUCGGCCGUGCUCCCCCUCCUCACGCGCUGCGCGCCCCUCUUCGCCGGCACGGAACAUCACGCCGCGCUCAUCGAUUCCACCUUGCACACAAUCUACCGCCUCUCCAAGGGCCGCUCCCUCACCAAGGCGCAGAGAGACGCCAUAGAGGAGUGCCUGCUGGCUGUCUGCAAGCACCUUCGCCCCGCUAUGCUGCAGCAGCUUCUGCAGCGCCUGGUUUUUGAUGUACCUUUGCUGAGUGAAUACUGCAAGAUGCCUCUCAGGCUGCUAACCAACCAUUAUGAGCAGAACUGGAAAUAUUACUGCCUUCCGUCAGGCUGGGGAAGCUACGGCACAGCUUCUGAGGAUGAACUCCAGCUUACCAAGAAGAUCUUCUGGGGAGUGUUCGAUUCUUUGUCUCAGAGGAAAUAUGAUCCAGAAUUGUUCAAGAUGGCAAUGCCUUGCCUCAGUGCCAUAGCCGGAGCUUUGCCACCAGACUAUGUGGACGCUUCCAUCGGCGGAACGGUAGACAAGCCGCUUUCUUCUAUAAAUACUCAAGCCAAACCGAUCACAACUGCAAACAUUGCCCUCCCUGAGAAGCUUGAGCAUUUUGUCAACAAAUAUGGUGAACAUUCUCAUGAGAAAUGGUCAGCAGAGAAGGUGCUGCUCGGGUGGAAAUAUGGAGAUUGUGUUGACGAGAAGACUAGAAUUCAUCCACAGCUCAGGACGUACAAAGCUUUGACAGAGAAGGAGAAGGAGAUUUACAAAUGGCCAGUCAGGGAGUCCUUGAGGAGCAUGCUGGCAAUGGGCUGGAGCAUUGACCGUGCCAGAGAUGGAGAGAGUACGUCUCAACAGAGAGAGAGUGAAAAAAUGCGAAAGCUCUCACAGGCAAAUGCUUUUAAUCCUCGCCCGAUAGACACAAGCAAUGUGGUCCUAUCCAGAGAGCUGCAAGGGAUGGUGGAGGUGGUGGCUGAAAAUUACCAUAACAUCUGGGCCAAAAGGAAGAAGAGUGACCUUGGAAGUCGAGGUGGCGGUCCGCACCCUUUGCCGGUGCCCUACGAGUCACUGACAGCCAAGGAAAAAGCUCGCGAUCGAGAAAAAGCCCAAGAUCUCCUUCGCUUCCUGCAAAUCCACGGCUACGGCGUCACGAGAGGUCUGAGGGACUCGGAGCAGGAUUCCUCCUCCAUGGAAAAAAGGUUCGCUUACAGGUUUCUCAAGAAGCUGCUCAAGUAUGUCGACUCCGCCCAGGAGUUCAUCUCUCACCUCGAGGUCAUGGCUGCCAGUGGCAAAACGGACAGGUCACCUCACGAACAAGAGAUCAAGUUUUUUGCCAAAGUUCUUCUCCCGCUCAUUGACCAGUACUUCAAGAAUCACUCCCUUUACUUCCUGUCGUCACCCAAUCAAAAUCUGAGCAGCAGCGGCUACGCCUCCAACAAGGAGAAAGAAAUGGUUACCAGUUUGUUUUGUAAACUGGCAGCUCUUGUCAGACAUAGGAUCUCCCUCUUUGGAAGUGACUCAACCACAAUGGUUAGCUGUUUGCACAUCCUGGCACACACACUGGAUACCAGGACGGUGAUGAAGUCCGGCUCGGAAUCGGUGAAGGUCGGGCUCAGGACAUUUUUUGAAAAUGCCGCCGAGGACCUGGAAAGGACAUUAGAGAACCUCAAACUGGGGAAGUUCACUCACUCGCGCUCGCAGAUGAAAGGUGUUUCGCAGAACAUCAACUACACCACGGUGGCGCUGCUCCCCAUCCUGACCGCUCUGUUCGAACACAUCACGCAACACCACUUUGGCAUCGACCUGCUUUUGGAUGAUGUCCAAGUAUCAUGCUAUCGGAUCCUGACCAGCCUGUAUGCUCUGGGGACUGGAAAAAACAUCUAUGUAGAAAGACAGCUACCAGCUCUAGGCCAAUGCCUGGCCACCUUGGCGGGCGCCAUGCCGGUAGCUUUCCUGGAGCCGAUGCUCAAUAUGUACAACCCCUGCUCAGUCUUUAACACCAAAAGUGGCCGCGAGCGAGCCAUCCUGGGCAUUCCGGAUUCGGUGGAACGAAUGUGUCCCGGGAUUCCCCGGCUGGACGGUCUCAUAAAGGACAUCGACGACAUGGCCGAGUCUGGAGCGCGUUACACAGAGAUGCCCCAUAUGAUUGAGGUCGUGCUGCCCAUGCUUUGUAACUACCUGUCCUAUUGGUGGGAGAAGGGGCCUGAGAACCAGCCAGCCAGCGUGUGCUGUGCCACUGUCACCUCAGAGCACCUCAGCCUCAUUCUGGGCAACAUUUUAAAGAUCCUCAACAACAACCUGGGCAUCGACGAGGCCUCGUGGAUGAAAAGGAUUGCAGUGUACGUCCAACCCAUCAUCGGCAAAGCUGGCAACACCCUGCUAAAGAGCCACUUCCUGCCCACGCUGGAGAAGCUGAAGAAAAAAACGCUGAAGGUAGUAAGUGAAGAGGAGCUGUUGAAGGCAGACGGCAAGGGAGACACUCAGGAAGCUGAACUGCUCAUCCUGGAUGAGUUUGCUGUGCUCUGCAGGGACCUUUACGCCUUUUACCCCAUGCUCAUCCGUUACGUAGACAAUAACAGGUCCAGGUGGCUCAAAGAACCGGACGCCGACUCGAACGAGCUCUUCAAGAUGGUUGCUGAGAUUUUUAUCCUCUGGUGUAAAUCGCAUAAUUUCAAACGAGAGGAGCAGAACUUUGUAGUCCAGAAUGAAAUCAACAACCUUUCCUUCUUGACUGGAGACAACAAAACAAAGAUGUCAAAGUCCUUUAAGGAAAAGUCUGGUGGGCAAGAUCAGGAGAGGAAACAUAAGAAAAGGCGAGGGGAGUUCUACUCCAUCCAGACAUCACUGAUUGUGGCCGCGCUCAAGAAGAUGCUUCCGAUCGGCCUAAACAUGUGCACACCAGGGGACCAGGAGCUCAUCUCCUUGGCCAAGACGCGCUAUCUGAUGAGGGACACGGACGACGAGGUCAAAGAUCACAUUGGGCAAAAUCUUCAUCUCAGAGAAAAGUCGGAAGACCCCGCCGUAAGAUGGCAACUGAAUCUUUACAAAGACGUAAUGAUACGAAGCGAGGGGGCGCUGGACCCUAACAGGGUGGUGGAGCGUAUCCAGAGGAUAUCUGCUGCUGUUUUUAACUUGGAACAGGUGGAGCAACCAUUAAGAUCCAAGAAAUGUGUCUGGCAGAAACUGUUGUCCAAGCAACGGAAAAGAGCAGUUGUCGCGUGUUUCCGGAUGGCUCCGCUUUAUAAUCUGCCCAGGCAUCGCUCUAUUAACCUCUUCCUCCUGGCCUAUCAGAGAAUAUGGAUAGAAACAGAAGAGUAUUCUUUUGAAGAGAAACUAGUACAGGACCUUGCAAAAACACAACACAAAGUGGAGGAGGAGGAAGAGGAGGAGGUCAGGAAACAGCCUGAUCCACUUCACCAGCUCGUUCUGCAUUUUAGCCACAAUGCUCUUACAGAAUGCAGCUCUCUGGAAGAGGAUCCCUUAUACAUCGCGUAUGCCGACAUGAUGGCAAAGAGUUGUGCGGAAGGUGAAGAGGAGAAUGACGAGGAAGAGAAAGAGAAAACAUUUGAAGAGAAGGAAAUGGAGAAACAAAAGAUGUUGUACCAGCAGGCCCGAUUGCACGACCGCGGGGCUGCCGAGAUGGUGCUCCAGAUGAUCGGUGCUAGUAAAGGUCGACUGGGUGCUAUGGUGACCUUUACCCUGAAACUCGGCAUCUCCAUUCUCAAUGGGGGAAACAUUUUGGUUCAGCAGAAAAUGUUGGACUACCUAAAAGAGAAGCGAGAUGUCGGCUUUUUCAAAAGCUUAUCCGGACUAAUGAUGUCUUGCAGUGUGCUGGAUCUCAACGCUUUUGAGAGGCAAAACAAAGCAGAAGGUCUUGGGAUGGUUACAGAAGAGGGAUCAAUCAACGUGAGCGAGCGGGGUUCCAAAGUGCUUCAGAAUGACGAGUUUACUAAAGAUCUUUUCAGGUUUCUGCAGCUUCUGUGUGAAGGACACAACAACGAUUUCCAGAACUUUCUAAGAACACAGACGGGAAACACAACUACCGUUAACAUCAUUAUUAGCACUGUCGACUACUUGCUCAGACUGCAGGAAUCCAUCAGUGAUUUUUACUGGUACUACUCUGGAAAGGAUGUCAUUGAUGAAGCAGGUCAGAGAAACUUCUCCAAAGCGCUGGCAGUCGCAAAGCAGGUCUUCAACUCUUUGACAGAGUACAUACAGGGUCCAUGUAUAGGCAACCAACAGAGUUUGGCUCACAGCAGAUUGUGGGAUGCAGUUGUGGGCUUCUUGCACGUUUUUGCAAACAUGCAGAUGAAGUUAUCUCAGGACUCCAGUCAAAUUGAAUUGUUAAAGGAACUGCUGGAUUUACAGAAGGACAUGAUAGUCAUGAUGCUGUCGCUUCUUGAAGGAAAUGUUGUCAACGGGACCAUCGGUAAACAAAUGGUGGACACUUUGGUGGAGUCGUCCAGCAAUGUAGAAAUGAUCCUCAAGUUCUUUGACAUGUUCCUCAAGCUGAAGGAUCUGACCACCUCGGACUGUUUCAAGAUUUAUGACGCCGAAAGCAAAGGUGUCAUCUCCAAGAAGGAUUUCCAGAAAUCCAUGGAGAACCAGAAGCAAUAUUCCCAGUCGGAGAUCGAGUUUCUCCUGUCUUGCGCCGAGGCCGACGAGAACGACAUGUUCAACUACGUGCAGUUCGUGGAGAGGUUCCACGAGCCCGCUAAGGACAUCGGCUUUAACGUGGCCGUUCUGCUAACAAAUCUCUCGGAGCACAUGCCGCACGACGCUCGCCUCUCGACGUUCCGGGACCUGGCCGAGAGCGUCCUCAGCUACUUCGAACCCUACUUGGGUCGUAUCGAAAUCAUGGGCGGAGCCAAGCGCAUCGAACGGGUGUACUUCGAAAUAAGCGAGUCCAGUCGAACCCAGUGGGAGAAGCCUCAGGUGAAGGAGUCCAAACGACAGUUCAUUUUCGAUGUGGUCAACGAAGGCGGAGAAAGCGAAAAAAUGGAGCUAUUCGUAAACUUCUGCGAGGAUACCAUUUUCGAGAUGCAACUGGCGUCUCAGAUUUCAGAGCCCGACCCGCUAGAACUCCAGGAGGAAGACGACGAAGCUGACGACCAGAGCGUGGCUGAGAACCAAGAGGAGGAAGAAGAGGAGAAUGGGAUGUUGGAGUCUUCGUCAGCCUUUACCGUCGCUUGUAUCUCCGUGAGGAAGAACAUCUGUCACUUUGGCCAACUGCUCACUCUCAAGAGCAUGAAACGGCAGUACAGAAAAUUCCGGAAGAUGAGUACGAAGGAGACGGCGCAAGGCUUCUUCGCUUUCUUUUGGAUGAUCGUCACUGGCCUCCUUCAUUUUAUCUAUAGUUUCAUCUGGGGUUUCUUCCAUAUUUUCUGGACUACCAUGUUUGGGGGUGGCCUCGUCGAAGGGGCUAAGAAUAUAAAGGUCACGGACAUUCUGGGGAACAUGCCGGAUCCCACUCAGUUCGGGAUACACGGAGAUGUGUUAGAGACAGAGAAGAUGGAAGCGCGUGAGGCGUCGGCAUUGACCGAGAUGGGUCACAUGGCUCAGGGGGAAGUGGCUGAGGCGGACCUGAUGGCCGAGUUGCUCAACAUCCAGCCUAAAAAGGAGGGCAAACAUGGAGCAGAACCUGGCUUAGGUGAUGUGUCUGAGGUGGUCGUGGGGGGCGAUGCUCCCUCCAUAGCGAGUGCGGUCAAGCAAAAGAAGGCUCAGAUGGCUGCGAAAAAAAAGGCAUCAAACGGAGACUACAAAUCAGAUUCUGAGAAAGCAGACUCUGAUGAUGGCGAGAAGAAGGACCACGACAAAGCUAAAGAUGAAGCCCCUCCUGAACUUUCAUUGGAGAAGAAGGCCCCCAGGAAAAGACUGGGCAUUAAGAAAGAACCACCUGAGGCUUUCACGGCCAGCUUCUUCGCUGGCUUGGAAAUAUACCAGACUAAAAUGCUGAAUUACCUGGCCAGAAAUUUCUACAACCUGCGAUUUUUGGCCCUGUUUGUCGCGUUUGCAAUUAACUUCAUUCUUCUCUUCUAUAAAGUGACUGGGGAUAAUGCUGAGGAUGAGGACCCGUGGAAUGGUCGAAGGAGAACGAGAGAGGAAGAGGAAGAAGACGACUCUCUUGAAUAUUUUAUACUACAGGAGAGUACAGGUUACAUGGCGCCAACGCUUCGCUGUCUAGCAAUACUGCACACUAUUAUAUCUUUUUUGUGUGUAGUGGGAUACUACUACCUGAAGGUUCCUCUGGUGGUUUUUAAGCGUGAAAAGGAGAUAGCCAGGAAGUUGGAGUUUGCUGGACUCUACAUCACAGAGCAGCCGUCAGAUGACGACAUAAAAGGACAGUGGGACAGGCUGGUUAUUAAUACGCCGUCCUUCCCCAACAACUAUUGGGAUAAAUUUGUCAAACGAAAGGUCAUCAAGAAGUACGGAGACCUAUAUGGAGCCGAGAGGAUUGCAGAGCUCCUGGGUUUGGACAAAAGUGCUCUGGAUUUUAAUCCGACAGAGGAAGCUGUCACCAAAGAUGCUUCGUUGGUGUCCUGGUUGAGCUCCAUCGAUACAAUGUACCAUAUCUGGAAGAUGGGGGUAGUGUUUACAGACAAUUCAUUUCUGUACCUGGUGUGGUACACGACAAUGUCAAUUCUGGGCCACUACAACAACUUCUUCUUUGCUGCACAUUUGCUGGACAUCGCCAUGGGAUUCAAGACACUCCGCACCAUCUUAUCCUCUGUCACCCAUAACGGCAAACAGCUGGUAUUGACAGUGGGUCUACUGGCUGUCGUUGUCUACCUCUACACUGUGGUGGCCUUCAACUUCUUCAGGAAGUUCUACAACAAGAGCGAAGACGACGACGAGCCAGACAUGAAGUGUGACGACAUGAUGACAUGCUACCUUUUCCACAUGUAUGUCGGCGUGAGAGCGGGUGGAGGCAUCGGCGAUGAGAUCGAAGAUCCGGCCGGUGACCCCUACGAGCUGUACCGCAUCCUUUUUGACAUCACCUUCUUCUUCUUUGUCAUUGUCAUCCUCCUGGCCAUCAUACAAGGUUUGAUCAUUGAUGCUUUUGGAGAGCUGAGAGACCAGCAGGAACAAGUCAAAGAAGACAUGGAGACAAAAUGUUUUAUUUGUGGGAUCGGAAACGACUACUUUGACACGACGCCUCAUGGCUUCGAGACUCACACUUUGCAAGAGCACAAUUUGGCCAACUACUUGUUUUUUCUGAUGUACCUCAUUAACAAGGACGAGACGGAGCACACUGGCCAGGAAUCGUAUGUGUGGAAGAUGUACCAGGAGCGCUGCUGGGAUUUCUUCCCGGCUGGAGAUUGCUUCCGCAAGCAGUACGAAGAUCAACUGGGAUGA